UCUGCCUCAGAAACUCUUCAAAUUCAGCCACAGUCGACGUCGUCACGAAGCCGGAGUCGAACUUUUUGGGCGCUUUAGCAAAUGAAUGAAGUUUACCAGGGAGAUCUCGCGAGAAGUGCGGUGCCUCUGAACAUCCACUUUAUCUCAGACGAGGAGCCUCGCGCUCGCUGAUAAGUGGACAUUAGCGCGAGCGAUCACUGGCGCUGAACUUGAGCGGUUUCAGGAGGAUCUGAGCCUCGUCUCCGCCGUGGAAAUGUUCCGGAAAAGCAAGAGCAAAGUGCUGGUGGAGUAUGCGUCGGAGGAAGACGACAUGUCCUGGCACCACCACCACUCCUACAAGGACAAAGACAUAGAAGGAGAGGAAGAAGAGGAGGAAGCUGUCACAGCUGUAUCCAAGGAGGCCAAAGUGAAGAAGAUUAUAUCCAAGAAAGAGAGGAGGGAGAAGAAGAUGUUCUCUACGAAGGACGAUGAGCAUUUGUUGUUGACCGGAGUUCAGCUGGCUGAUCGCAGAGGGUCUCACAAGAAAGUCAAGGAUGAAGAGAAAGAGAAGAAGGACAAGCCAGAGAAGGGACUCUGCUUUUGGGAAAGCAUCACCAUGACGAUGAGGCAGAUUUCACCCACCAAAAAACUGGAGAAGAUGGAGGGCUGGGAGCCGCCUCAGCUGGAGAGCGAGAGCGACGACGUCCUGGAGGAGGAGGACGGCACUGAGAACGGGGACUCCUCCGGCUCCCUCCCAGACUCUUUAGGGCUGCCGCUGGAACUGGCCAUGUGGGAAGGUCGGGGUCUGGAGGAGGACUCGUCCCGCUACGCUAACCUGUCCGACCCAAAGGACUGCGCGGCGCCGGUCAGGUGGACCGCCCGUGCCAAGGUCAAGCUGGCCGGCAUCAGCAGGAUGAGCAGAGGGAUCGUGUCGGAGGGAACAUGGGAGGGAUUCAAGUAGCCACUGGACCAUGAGGAGCUCUGUCGAGGCUCCGAACAGAACGUAUGAAGUUGUUUUCUGAAUCAUGAUGAUGACGAAAAUAUUAUCAGAAUGUUAGUGAGCAGAACUCCGUUGUCUUCAUGGUUUCCUGCUGUCAAUGAAAAAAACAUCCCCUUUGACAUGUCAUGUGACCAGCAGCAAUACCCUGCCAAAAUGAAACAUGAACAUAGACAUAGAGACAGUAGUUCAUCUAGAAUCCAGCAGCAGGGAUGAAAUGACUUCAACUGUUGCUGGUGGUUCAAGUGCUGUGUAAGCAACCAUGAUAUGAGAUAAGGUUUCCUUAGGUCAUGCUGUUUUAUUGUCAAUGUUAAAGUGAUGUUUUCUGCGAUGAACCGUGUUUCCAGGAUCCUGAUGUGGACUCGACUUGAUCAAUUUAUCCGCUGUGUGAGAAACAGAUUUCCUGACUGACUCUAUGGAAAGGAAGGAAGCCAAACAUUGAGAUUUUCCUGGCGAAAUAUUAUUUUAAAAAUAUGUGUCUUUAGGUUUGCAACACAAUUCUUAUUCCUGCUAAACACGUUCCAACACUGGCUGGCGAACAACCAUUUCCCCAGAAGCUUCAAUAUUUUUAAGAGGAAGCACAUUCACCGCUGCUCCUUCAAAGUUACUUGCUCCAGCGUAAGCACAAUACUUAUCAUUUUGUUGACUGUUUAUUUAUCUGAGGAGCCUUUUAACCACCCAAACCUGGUGCUGGUGAACCCAAAAAAGAGUAGCGCUUUAGCUCACCAUCAACCUCCUUUAAGAUCAGUUUGACAGCUUGAAGUUUUCAUGCAGGCAUGAAAGUGCUUACUUCUUUUCACUGGUGUGUGCUUCAUGGACUAAAACUGCAACUGAGAAGUACCUUACUUCAACCUCUGUGUCUUAAGAUUGGAGAUUAUCUGAAGAGUGGUGCGCUGUUUCUGAGGUCGUUUCUAAGGAGAGCAGUGACACCCUCGGCAUAUAAAGUGCCUUCAAUCAAUAGAAAAGUCGUGUUCAAGCUGAGUCAUCAAUGAGACGCCGCAACGCCGAGGUCAUCAAACCACAAGGAUUAGUCCAGAGUCAAACUCUUAAGCUUUGUUUGAUUUGUUUGAUUCAAGAUUUGAAUAAAAGCUGGUCAGUUCUUCUGUGUUG